AUGAAGUUCGAACCAGAGGAAUUGGCGGCUAAUGCCAACCCAGUCGUCAUCCAGGCCAUUCAAGAGGGCCAGGAACAAGCAGAAUGGCGCCCUCUCUUUCGCCACCCAUGUCACUUCGGCCCCGACAUCUUCGGCGGGGUCAUGUCCAACCUGAUCCAUAACCCCAACAUCAACUCAUCAUGGCUCUUCCGCGCCGAUAUUCUCCAUGAUGCCCCUGAUCCGCAAGCAAACAGUACUCUGCCAAUCCCCAUUCCUUCAUUUCGUGGCUUUGAACUGCGGCGGUGCAUUCUUCGCAGACUCAUCCCCCGAAACACGAGGAGAGACAAGCCCCUCGACCAAACCUGUCUGAUAUUCGAGGCUGCGUCGAGUCACUCGAAAGAUGACUCACAAACUCUUGUUGUCUAUCUGCCCCAUGUCUCGGCACCUUCAGAUAUGCCGUUUUAUCACCCAGUAGUGCGGGGGAUAGCAUUCCUGCAUGAGUGGAAUCCGGCAAAGUACUGCGGGUUUAUCUCCAUCUCCUAUCUCUACUUUUCAGAUUAUGACAAUUCCGAGCUUAAGCUCUCCAGGACGGCCUUUCGCUUGCUGGAAGUCAUCCACAAGCACGGCAAAGGCCGGUUGGCCGGCUAUCAGAAGCGAGUACUACAUGAUCAGGUUGUGCCCCAGGCCCGGGCGCAGGACACCUACCACAGGCUGAAGCUGCAGUAUGCGCGUGGCCUUAUAGACGGGUGGGCCGAAAGCACCGAUCCGGAGAAGCAUGUGUUUGAGGAUCUGUCAAUCGCGGCAUUCUUGAUCGAGCUGUGGGCUGAUAUGUAUGGCAAAGACCUCUUCCCGGGUUUUGUCGACAUCGGAUGUGGGAAUGGGCUUUUGGUCUACAUCCUAAACAAAGAAGGCUACGCAGGAUGGGGUUUCGAUGCGCGUUCACGCAAGUCGUGGGCGAAUUACAACACCAAGUUGCAAACCCCGUUUGGCGAGCAGGAUACUUUACAGCAAAAAGUCAUGCUCCCACCUCCAGUCAGCCGAGAGGGUUUGACUGACAUAUCUGAUGACUUGUUGGACGAGAGCCUUAUUCAUGACGGGCGUUUCCCGAAAGACACAUUUAUAAUCUCAAAUCACGCAGAUGAACUGACUCCUUGGACUCCGAUCGUUGCUGCCAUCUCUCAGUGUCCCUUCAUGGCCAUUCCUUGCUGCAGUCAUAAUCUGACAGGAGACAGAUUCCGCGCGCCUGCUCCUAAAGAGAAAGGCAAGGCAGAGUCAGCGUACUCGUCUUUGGUUGCUUGGGUUGCGGGUAUUGCGAAAGAUUGUGGUUGGGAAGUAGAACAAGAAGUUCUUCGGAUCCCAAGCACACGUAAUAUCGCACUCAUUGGACGCAGACAGUCGAAGCAAGACACACCUGUUGACUUCAAUGCUGUUGUCAACAAGUAUGGAGGGGCUGCGGGGUAUUGGAACAACGUAGCCAAGCUUAUCGCAGCAGCACGUACAACCGACGAACCAGACGAGCAUGAACACAGUAAUGGCGCUUAA